AUCUGCUCCCCUGCACUUAAGACAUUCAUAUAUUUUUCAAAAAGUAAAAUUAAAAAAUCUCUUCUGCUAGGUCCUUCCUGUAUGUUCCAAGGAGAAGGCAUGUGGACAGUCCGUGCUUGUUGGCAAGCAGGGUGCCGCCGUGCUGCCCAACAGCUGAGAUCCUGCACACCCAACACAUGGACGCCUUGGACUGUCAAGUAAACCUGCUGUGAGAUCACAACAAAGGAAAUACAAGGAAAAAAAAAAAAAGAGAGAGACUUUUAAUAAUACAUAUUUAUUUAUUUUGUUAUACAAACAUUCCGUUUUUUUAGAAAAAAGCUGUGAAAUAUUUAUUUGAGAAGCUAAGGCUCUUGGCUAUGUGGAACUGCAUAACGAAACCUUGUGAUUUGCAUUUUCUAUGCUGCGUUUACUCCUUUCUCAUACAUUAAUAUUAGAGGUUCAAAGCUGGGUGGGGGCUGCCUGAGGCAGCGUGAUGUUUUGUUGGUCCAGUGACUUGGGGCGUGCUGCCUGUGGGUGGAGGGAGGCAGAGGGGACAUGGAGUGAGGCUGUUGCUGUUGUGGUAUUUUGGGAUCUGAACCAUCUCCCCAAAGGGCUCAGGAGAGCACGUCUGCAGCUGGACCAAAUUUGUAACCCUGGUGCCAGGGGCUGUAAUUUCUGAGCCAUCAGGCACCAGCAAAUUGCCAGCUCUCGCCUCCACCAGCCUUUCCUAGAAAGGCUGGAGUGAAGCAAUGGGACCUGUGGGUGUCUCUUUGCUCCUCUCGGUGGAGGAGCGUCUCUUGUGCUUGCUGGGGGUGUUGAUUAUUUCCAAGCCUGAUAACCCUUGCAGUCUGGGGAACAAAGCCGUGCAGCUGCAUCACAAUGCCAGCACAUUGUAGACAUUGCUCGCAGGCAUUAAUGAUUGACCAGCAGCAGCAGGAGGAGGAAAUGACAACGACGGAAGAUGUUUGCUGCACUGUUUGUGGAUUGGUUCCCCCAGUGGAGCUUUGAAAAAAAGCGCGAAAUCUUUCACUUUCUUCCCUGUGUGUGUGCCAGCCUCUUGCCGACAGAGGUGGGAGAAGUGGCAAGUUCUCAGCCCAUGCGCAGCCCCACCAUGCUUUUGCCCUGGGGCUACUGGGCUGGGAUCUGCCUGCUGCUGCUUUGCAGGGGCUGCCGGCUGGCGGAGGCUGCCAGUGGUGUGAAGGAAGCAGUGAAGUCUGAAAGCUUUAUUGCAGCAGCCCUCGGUGGAGAGGCUAACAUCUAUUGCAACUUCUCACUCUCCCUGGAUGUCUUGCAAGUCACUUGGCAGAAGAGAAAUGGGUCUUCUUUCCAGAACGUAGCCACCUACAGUAAAACCUAUGGGCUGCGGCUGAUAGGGUCAUUUCAGAAGAAGGCACGUUUCACUACAGCAGCCCUGAAAGCCUCAGCCAUCACACUACAAAAUCUCACUUUUGAGGAUGAGUCCUGCUACAGAUGCAUCUUCAAUGCGUUCCCUGAUGGUUCUUACAGUAAAGAUACAUGCCUCAACAUUCAGACAAUUUCUGAGCUAACAGUGGAAUUUGAGUCCUACCCGGCCACCAAGGAUCUUCUCACUGCAGUCUGCUCAGCAACAGGAAAGCCUGCUCCCAAUAUCACCUGGCUGAUUGACGAAGACCUCUAUGAGUCCCCUGAGAUACACUACAUCCAAAAUCCAAAUGGAACAGUAACAGUGGCAAACAGAUGCACCUUCUCUGCUAGCCACCUCCACAAUUUGGCUUGCCUCCUUGACCACCCACAGGGAAGGAAAGUGAAGACAUUAACAGGAAAAAAAGGUAAACGGAAGAGCAUAGCCAUUGUGGUGCCUUUCAUAGGUGUGAUCUUCACAGUAUUGACACUUUUCAUCAUCAGUCAUAUCUACAGAAAGAGGAAAAAUCUGCAGAGAGACAGAGCACCCAGCACACCUGCAAGGGAAAAAGGUUUAGAGCAGGAUGUAAGUGAGGAAGCUGCAAACCUGUGCACACCAAAGGACCAGCGCACUGCUUACCAAAAUGAGGAACUGACACCAGGAUCUUGGCUUCGCAGAAGGCCACCACAUAAAAAGAGAAAGCUGGAAGAGACCCCAAGGUCCAGCCUCUCAUUUACAGAGGAAGCAGAGAGCCCGGACACGCGUCAGAGGGAACUUGCUGAGGUGUGCAAUAAGGAGCUGGGCUGCAUGCCCAUGGCUGAGCACAGAGAAGCAACAGCAAAUGGGGAGCCCGAAUCAGGCCCUGACACUGCUGCUUCCCAGCCCAGCACCGGAGAGCCAUCAGCCCACCAAAGCCCCAUCUCCACAAGCCCAGAGACACAAUGAGGCCUACGGGCAAUUGUGGAACCCAAGCUGAGGACGCAGGGGAAAGGACAAUCUGCAUGGGCCCUUCCAGGUCUGCCCCCAGGGGACCCUCACCCCCAGUGUCCAGGCAUGAAACCCAUCACAGAAUCACAGAAUUUCUAGGUUGGAAGAGACCUCAAGAUCAUCGAGUCCAACCUCUGACCUAACACUAACAGUCCCCACUAAACCAUAUCCCUAAGCUCUACAUCUAAACGUCUUUUAAA